CUGUCAAAUUAUCACUAUAUUUCAGCCUCUGAUUGGUUAAAAUAAUCGUCAUAGCAACUGUAUAUGCAGUCCUCCUUGGUGUUGUUUUAGAUCAUAAAAGUUGCUAGUUCUACCUCCUUACUAAAAUAACCAUUAGAACAAGAACAAUUGCUGCGCCUGCAAAAUCUCUAUCAUUUAAUAACACUUCAGUGGAUGGAAAAGUGGUACUAUGCUUCAUUAGGCGAGCUGCAGUAUCAAGUGCUGCAUCUACUGUGAGACCAGCUGGUGGUGUGGGGGUGAUUGUGGCUCAGGAUCCAGGUGAUGCCCUUGGGCCAGGCAGCGAUGACUUUUCCUGCAUUGCAGUAAACUAUGAGCUUGGCACCCAGAAACUGCUCUACAUCUGUUCUAGCAAGUAUUUGAAUUAACAUCAUUUAGUAUUAUCAUAUCACCAGCAUCAGCGUUUUGAUUUCUAACAUAUGACACAUUAAUUGUGUGGAUGAACAGAUCUCUCUCGGUGAAAACAAGCCUCUCUAGAACACUUGUAGGGAAUCCUGUGGCGACCAGGGUUGUAUACUUCUCAUCUAGAGGAGUUUCUCCAGCCAUUUUGAAGGUAUGAAAUUGAAAGCUCAGUUCUCUUUAAACCUUUUGAACUAUGGCAUGGAUACAGUAGCCUACAAUUUCAAGAGCUAUAUCUGUAUUAUCACAGACAGAUAUAGCUGCAAUUCGAGCAAGUAUGCCACAACCUGCGGUAGUGACCAUGGAUAAGUAUGUCACAACCUGUGGUGGUGAUCGUGUGGACCAAUUGGAGGAAUAGAAGGCUGUGUAACAUGAUGAGUAUCCACCAUUUUCUUUAGUAAGCUAACAUGAAAGACAGGACGGAUAGAGCAGGAAUCAGGCAGCUUCAACUUGUGGGCAACGGAACCAGUCUUUUCAAUAAUUUGAGAAGGCCCAUAAAUCUAGCUUUGAGCGUCAAUUAUUUCCUUAGAGCUAAACAAGUCUAUCUGCAAGGUUGAAACUUGAGGUGCAUAUUGUGUACAUGGGAGAGAAGAAGUAUGAAGAUCCAGCAACUACCAAAAAGUCUCACCAUCAAAUGUUGUCAACCUUGCUAGGGAGCAAAGAAGCAGCAAAGAGUUCCAUUCUUUACAGCUAUAAGCAUGGCUUUUCUGGAUUUGCAGCAAGGCUGACAGAGGCUCAGGCAGUAAAAAUUGCAGAGUUUCCUGGUGUCAUCCAAGUAAUUCCAAAUCGCAUUCACAAGCUCCACACAACAAGAAGCUGGGAAUUUAUCGGGCUGAAUCACCAUUCCUCAAAGAAUCUGUUAGCACAAAGCAACAUGGGGGAAGGAACCAUCAUUGGUGUCAUAGAUUCAGGAAUUUGGCCAGAGUCCAAAAGCUUUAAUGAUCGAGGAAUGGGUCCUGUUCCAUCUCAUUGGAAAGGAAUAUGCCAAGAGGGAGAAUGCUUUAACUAUUCCAACUGCAACAGAAAACUCAUUGGGGCUCGUUGGUUCAUAAAAGGAUUCAGAGAAGAGAUAGAAAAGCCAGUUAACACAACUAACAGUACGGAGUUUCUAUCACCACGGGACGGAGACGGCCACGGCACUCAUACAGCUUCAACAGCAGCUGGCUACUUUGUGGAGAAUGCGAGCUAUAAAGGACUAGCUACAGGUUUGGCCAGAGGAGGAGCACCUCUUGCUCAUUUGGCAGUUUACAAGGUUUGUUGGGGCAUUGAUGUUGGAGGAUGCACAGAUGCUGAUCUUCUAAAAGCAUUUGAUAAAGCUAUACAAGAUGGAGUGGAUAUACUAUCAGUUUCAAUUGGCAAUGAAAUUCCUUUAUUCUCCUAUGCUGAUCAGCGUGACGCAAUUGCAAUUGGUUCCUUCCAUGCAACUGCAAGUGGGAUCCCUGUGAUCUGUUCAGCAGGAAACGAUGGCCCAACCUCGCAAACAAUUGUGAACACCGCGCCCUGGCUCAUCACUGUUGCAGCAACUACGAUCGACAGGGCUUUUCCGACAGCAAUCACUCUUGGAAACAACAGCACACUAUGGGGCAAAUCUAUUGAUAAAGGUAGAAAUCAUCACGGUUUUCUUGGCCUUACAUACUCUGAACGCAUAGCUGUUGACUCCCUGGAUGAUUCGGCUAAGGACUGUCAACUUGGAAGUCUAAAUACAACGUUAGCAGCAGGAAAAGUCAUACUUUGUUUCUCAAAAACAGAUACACAGAAUAUAGUAUCUGCAUCAAACUCAGUGUUCCAAGCAGGAGGGAUUGCACUCAUAUUUGCACAGUUUCACAAUGAUGGGCUUGACAGCUGUAAAUUGAUUCCAUGUAUCAAAGUAGAUUAUGAAGUAGGGACAUUCAUACUUUCUUACAUUAGAAAAACAAGGUAUCCAAUUGCAAAGCUAAGUUUCCCCAAGACUGUUAUCGGUAAUCAGGCAUCUCCAAGGGUAGCAUCGUUCUCAUCCAGAGGACCAAGUUCAAUUUCUCCAUUGGUGCUAAAGCCUGACAUAGCUGCACCAGGUGUUGACAUCUUAGCUGCGUAUAGACCAGCGGACAAUGAAAAUCGCAACACAUAUACAUUGCUAUCAGGAACAUCAAUGGCUUGUCCUCAUGUGGCAGGAAUAGCAGCUCUCAUAAAAUCCGUGCAUCCAAAUUGGUCUCCUGCAGCCAUAAGAUCCGCUCUUGUUACUACAGCUUCCCAAAUCGGAACAGAUGGAAUGAAUAUAUACUCGGAAGGCCCAACUAGCAAGCCAGCAGACCCAUUCGACAUAGGUGGAGGACAUGUGACUCCUGAGAAAGCAGUGAAUCCAGGGCUAGUUUAUGAUAUUAGCAAAGAGGAUUAUGUCCAGUUCCUCUGCUCCAUGGGAUAUAGCAGUUCGUCGAUUAGCAGCUUAACCAAGGCCAAGGCCACCAUAUUCUGCAAGAAAAACAGCAGCAACUUCAAACUGAACUUAAACCUGCCUUCUAUGACUAUUCCAAAUCUGAAAAGAAAAGUAACAGUGACAAGAAAGGUAACCAAUGUUGGACAUAUAAAGUCAGUGUAUAAAGCAAAAGUAGAACCUCCAUUUGGUAUAAGAAUAAGAUUAGAACCUAAAGUUCUGAUUUUUAACUCCACCACCAAAAACCUAUCCUUCAAAGUGACAUUCUUUUCAAGUGACAAAGUGGAGGGUGAUUACAGAUUUGGGAGCUUGACAUGGAGCGACGGCCAGCAUUUUGUUAGGAGUCCAAUAGCAGUAAGAGAAAUUGAAUCAUAUGCAGACAUAAUAUAGUAUUCAAUGAGAUAUAAAUAAUGCAAUAAAACAAUUCAGAAUUAGAUUGGAGCAUUUGAUACUGGAUGAUUGCUUCAUUCAAACACUA